GUGUGUCCUCUUAUAAGGACCACAAGCUCACUAGCCUGAGGUCUUGCUGUCCUCAUCUUGUACUCCAGUCCAUACCAUACUUACAGCAUUCAGGAUGUUGUCACAAGCCAUCUUUCUAGCCCUGGUAGGCCGCUCGCUCGCAGUGCCCUUCGUCUCCAGCCCGACGAUCACUUCUGUUCCUCCUGCUACAACAACCGCCCCUGUUGUCUCUGUCACAGACGUGACUUCGCACGGGGCCUUUAAUGGCACGCCAACAACAACAGGCGCACUAUCCACUAGUGCCCUGGCACCGUCCAUUGCGGCUUCAGGUCCCGCACCCAAUGCACUCAACUAUUCCGCGGACGGGAAACUCCACGCCCCUUUCCCAGCGCCGUACACACCAGCCGGUGGACGCGGCACCAACGGCACCGAGCCUGUGUACAAGCCAAUGAGUGACUUUGAUUACCAGUCCCUUGCUCUGGUCCUCUACCAGGAGUACAUUGAGCUUGACCUCUUCCACUGGGGAUUGGCGACGUUUUCCCAGCAAGAGUUCACCAACAAUGGUCUUACGGCCGAGGACCGCUACCUCCUGCAAUUCAUGGCUGAACAGGAGGUCGGCCAUGCUACUGCCGUGACCAACAUGCUUGGUGCCCAGGCCCCCGUUCAAUGCACCUACAACUACCCUGUCAGCAACCUGCGCGAAUACAUUGACUUCAACCAGAAGCUCACACGCUGGGGCGAGUCUGGUGUGUACGGCUUCCUGAACCACAUGGACUCAGGCGCCGCUGGCCAGAUUCUUUUGCAGAGCAUCACUACCGAGGCGCGCCAGCAGAUGAUCUUCCGCCAGUUCGAAGGCCUCUUCCCCAUGCCUGUGUGGUUCGAAGUUGGCAUUCCUCAGUCCUGGGCUUGGACGUUGCUUGCGCCCUACAUCUCAUCGUGCCCCGCCAACCAGACUCGCCUUGUGUGGCAGAACUUCCCGGCCCUGAAGAUCUUGAACCAGCCGAAUCCUGCCCGCAUCAACGGCUCCGCCGUCUUCAACGAGACCACCGGGGGCUAUGCCAACACCUUGAAUACAAGUUCCAUCAAGAGCGGCGAGUCGUGUGUCAAUGCCACCGGUGCUGGACUCGGUUGCAACCCAGCCAUCACCCAGAACCGGACCAAUCCAUUGAGCUACCCCGGACGUCAGGUCUUCCUGCAGUGGGAUCCGCCUGGCAAACCGAUCGGACCGAACAACAGCUAUGUCACCAACACCACCGCUGGCAACCCCAAGUUUGCCCUCUGGGUCAACCAGCUCAACGCGACCUACACGCCGCUUUACCAGGCUACGAACAACACUGCAUACACCUUCCAGCCUAACACCUCAGUGUUCGAGAGUGGGCCCAUGAUCAACGGGACUGUAUUCCUGGCUUUGACAGAUCUUGACUUGAACGUCACGCCCUACAACUUGAGCAUGGUCAAUCCCCACGUCAAUGCUUUGGCUAUCUAUCAGGCUGGUUAACAUUUUCUGCUUUUGCGUGUUUUUAAAAAUGAUGACGCCCAGUCACUGGGUCAAAAUUGGCGAGGAGUCGAAGUAAUGAGGCAGUUGAGAAGGAGUCAAUAUACGAUGUCAAUGAACACUCACGUUCCUAAGACAUGUGUGUUCCGUCCAACCGUGGAACAGCUACCUUAUAUCCAUAAUUGUGGUGAACAUUGAUCCACAGGAUGGUUGAGUCUGACAAUUUGUAAUACUGGCAUA